AUGCCCCAUACUCGACGACGCACCCCCGCACUGCGAGCCUCUCCCUACGACAGGCAGGAAGAGAAACCUCCCAAGCAGCCUCGCAAGACUCGGAAAGACGUCUGCAAAAUAUGCAAGACCACCAAGACCGUUCUCUGGCGCUCCAACCCCGACGAUGAUCUCAAGGGACCAAAAACUCAUCUUUGCAAUGCCUGUGGUCUCUGGAGGGCUGAGCGUGGUAGGCACAAGACAGACGCCGAACUGGCUCGUAGUAAGGCCAAAAAGAAGAACACCCAGACUCCCGCUGUGGCCACUGCUUCACCAGACCCUUCUUUCAGCAGCGACGAGAAAUAUCCAGUACGGGUCGUCGCCACUCCAAAGGCACCCGUGCGCGACGGCGUCAAAGAGACUUCUCUCGCUGCCUCUUCUUCCCCAGUCCUCCAGCCUAUCCAGAAGCCAGAGUCUUCUCCCAUUCCGUACACCUUGGAGAUCAACAGCCGUGUGGUGUCCUCUACCAGUCCCGCCUUAUCUGCCGCGAGUGACCUGAGCGUUGAAGGACCGGACACUGGCGGUGAUGAUGAGGAUGGGCCGGUGGAGCCCGAUGUCAUCCAAGGUGCUCUCAGCCUGCUCAACCUCGGCCGACGCAUGAACCCGAAGGACCUCCUGAUGAUUGUCAACAGCACUCUCGGAAGCCGAUCUCAGCUUGCUUCAACCACCAGGUCCAUCUUUCUCCACAUUCUCAAAUCCGACCCCAACCCCCAGCUGCCUCAGCUCCCCAUCCGUUCCCAAUCCUCGUCCAUCUUUGCGCUCCGCGCAAAUGACAGUUCAAUGGCCUACCCCGAUCCUUUCUUCAAACCCCAGUACUCUCCCGCCGCUUCUUUCCCUCCUUCUGUCUCGGCGCCGAGGAAGGACCGUGACUCGAGAGACUCGCGCUUGUCCGUGUUCGGUAGGGUACGAGGGCAGGAUCGAGUACCGAGAAGUCUUUCCCACAUGCCUUUCCAUCGAUCUGCCGCUUCUGCUCGGCCCGGGUCCAGCGACAUGGGGAUUGCACCUGUUUCUUCUGCUUCUUGGGGUCCCGUGCUGGGGAGAGGCAAGAGGCUGAUGUGGUGA